UAUUACAGGAAUUGCAGCUUUUGAAUGCUUCUCCCUGUGGCUGUGGACCUGGAGCCUUUAUAAGGUGAGCCAUUGCACCCUCCUGUCCAGUCGCAGCUGCGAAGCCGGCCAGCCAUGAGGGUCUACUACCUUCUCUUUGUGUUGUUCUUCUUGUUCUUGCUGCCUGUUUCAGGCAGUGGAAGAAUCAUAAAUAUAUUACAAAAGUAUUAUUGCAGAAUGAGAGGCGGCCGGUGUGCUCUGUUUGGCUGUCUUCCGAGGGAGAUACCCUUAGGCCUUUGUUCCAACAGUGGUCGAAAAUGCUGCCGAAGGGAGAGAUGAAAAAUCCAGAAGCGCGAUGAGAAUGUCGCCAAGUGUGAAAGUGCUCCCGCGGGGUCUAUAGAAGCCAAAUCAAAUUAAAGAUUUUUCACAAAAAAAUUAGAAGGUGGAUUAUUUUUUUUUCUUUUAAUUCUGGUUAUUGUGCUAGUUGUUACCAAACAGGCAACUUGGGAAGUGCUGGUGACUCACCUUUAAUUCAAAUAAAGUAUUAUCUCUAGA